AUGAGUAAUUAAUCAAAAGCAAAGAAAAAAAUAAAAUCACAAAAAGAAUUACACUCCAAUCAAGACAGACAAGAUCGAUUCUAAAGUGGACUAUUAAAGAAGGAAACCGAUAAAUCACUCUAAAAUCAAUCACAGUAGAGUGACCUCAACAAAAUUAGCAAAGAGGAAUUAAUGAAAUAAUUUCCAAAUAAGAUGCUGAAUAUGCUUUCGCAAUAGUUGAAAAAGUUAGAGCAAAGUUCAAGUAAUUUAAAAUUAAUGCAGAUUAACAAGGAUGUGUAACCUCCUGAUUUGAAUUUAAAUCAAAUUAUCGUUUAAUAUCACGGAGAUAUUUUCACAUAAUAUUCCUAAUACCAAUAAAGCCAAGAUCAACUGUUGGCUGAUUUUAUCAAGGGAAAUCCUGAAAGAAACUAAUAAUUUUAAUAAUUUAAUCCACUUAAAAUCCCUAAUCCUUUUACUUCUAAACUACAAAGGUUGGAAGAGUUGUUAACACAAAUUUAAUGA